AUGCUCGUGUGGAAGAGCGUUCGCGAGAAGGCUAAUUUAAGCGAUGCCUUCUCUCGCCAUCUGAAGGGCUGCAGAGUAGGAGAAGCGAGAUCGACGCCGGCAGAGCGUGUCACGGGCUCGCGGCCUAGACGGGCUUGUGAUCGUUGUGCUCGUCUGAAGGCAAAGUGCGACUCUGGGCGUCCCUGCCAUCGCUGUAUCUCUCAAGGUAUGACCUGCUCUCACAGUGACAACCUAAAUCAGCAGAGCCACACCUUGCGACAGACCGCUUCAAACUCACCAGGUGCCUCUAAUGCUGGCGGUGGCGCUUCUUCUCCUAGUACAACGGCCAUUCCCCAGACCUCACCCCAGCCGUCAGUCGAGGGUAGCGAUCUGCUGCCACUAAUGGCUGCUCAAGGUCCCUCGACAGGGUCUGAUCGGUUCGACGGUGACUCCCAGUGCGGGCGGAUGCCAUUUGCGCAGGAGCUUGGUCUUGCCAGCGACUUGUCUUGGGACCUCGAUGUGCCCUCUUUGCCCCUAUUCCCAGCAUUUAUCGUUGAUGGUGCGCCAGACUUUAUGCUUGAGCUUGAGCAGCUUGAUCCCAAAACGAUCGACCUCUCCUCUGGGAGCCUUAGCGAACCAGGCGUGAGUUCUCUGUCACUAGAGCAGCUAGAUCCCCUGCAGGCAAAAUGCGGUGCAAUUCAGGUCUUGCUCCGAGGGCCAGGGCCGGAGGUGCCCGAGGAUGUUCUGAUGAGGUCAAUUAACCGGGAAAGCUUGCUGCAGGCGUUGCAACUCUUCAGCAGGAACUUCCAACAUCACAUACCAAUUCUUCAUGCUCCUACCUUUGACCUAGCGACGGCCUCGCCGCUGCUCGUGCUGGCGAUGUUCACUGUAGGGGCUUGCUACACUGACAUCGUCCGCCCGGCAAAGUACAUAUCCGCAAUGGCCAAACGAGUCUUGAUGAAUGUCGAGAAGCAGCAACACGAGAUUGACAUGAGUGAGCCUCCGCUAUCCUCAAUCCAAGCAAGCAUCGCCGCAUCCUCAGUUCUUGGAAGCUCGCAAGAUGAAGCUGCCCUCACGGCCUUCCCGCUGUACUUUGCACGUAGCAUUUCUGUGAGCGCUUUACUCCGUGGUUCUUAUCCUGCGACCAUAUGUUUUGCUAACUUCUAUCACGUUCAGAUGGCGAAAAGGGCCGCUGUUUUUGACGCAACCUCCCCGAUAGAUUACACGGCACUAACAGAAGAGACAUUCGACUGGCAUUUGUGGGUUCAGCGCGAGACUCGCAUCAGAAUCGCGAAUGUCUUGUUCAGCCAAGACGUGGCCAGCUGUAUUUUCAUGGGCACGGCACCGACAUUCUCUCCGCUGGAUCUCGAUAUCGAGCUUCCUUGUUACGAGACAUGCUGGAACUCCCGAUCUGCCCGGACCUGUCUUCAGUAUUUGCAAUCUGCACCUGCGCAGCGGAGACUCUCUUCCACGUUUCUUGAACUGCGGACAGCAUCACUCCCGCUGGAGCGACAUCCUCGGUUCGAGGCAUCAGCUUUUGGGAUGUUUACGUUGGUAAACGCUCUGCAUUGCCUCAUCUGGGAGGCAACUCAUUACGAUCUAGACCGCAAUCUGAAGCCAUGCAGUCGCGAUAUGAGCCAGUCAUCGAGCCUGGAUAGCCUAGAUCGCCAAGUCGCAAGCGAUUUUUCAGGUCCCAACAUCGUCCGCUUAGCGGCGCGAGUUGCCUGUCUCGGCAACUCAAGUAAUUUUGACAGCAUCAAUCGGGUGCUUGAUGAAUGGCUCGCCGUCUGGGAGAAAAGGACCUGGCGUGACCCCGACUUUGAGAACCUUGCCUUCUCACUGGAUCCACUGCCUUUCUGGUGGCUGGCCAAGUUAUUCGUCCUUCUUCACUGUGGCAGGGAUUACUUUUCCGUCGACAGCGAAUUCAAAAUAGCUCACAAGACAGGGCGGUCUCUUCGUGAUAGUUGUUCCUCACAAGCCAAGAUCUUCCGCUGGCUCGGCAAGCUACGGCAGAAGAAUUCGGCAGGCCAGACCCAGAAGGUAGAGUCGCUGGCAAGCUUGAUGCUUCCUAUGUAG